AUGCAACCAAGCCUUAUUCCCUCUCUUCUGGAAACAGCCGCCGCCAGGAAUGGCGACGGCCGGGUGAUACUAUACUCCCAAGGCAACCGGGAGGACCCGAGGUCCAUUACCUACAGGGACUUGCUGGAAACCGCAUCCAAAGCCUCUGUUGCCGUGCACAACCAUCAGAACUAUACUCCAGGAGCUGCAGUCCUGCUUCACUUCAACAAUCAUCUGGAUAAUAUAGUCUGGUUCUGGGCCGUGCUCCUCGCCGGUUGCAUCCCUGCUAUCACCCCUGCAUUUUCGAACAAUCCAGUGCAGCGUGUGGCUAAUUUGGAGCAUCUUUCGUCUACCCUUAUCACCGACUGGUGCUUGACGAGCCAGGCACUGUUGGUGGAGUUUGCUGGCCAGGAUGCCAUUGAACCCGUCUCGGUCGAGACCCUUGGGUGGGAGAAAGCCUCUCCGGAUUCAAACACCGCAAGUGUCAAGGCCAAACCAACAGACACUGCUCUUCUCCUGUUUACCUCCGGCAGUACAGGGAAGUCAAAAGCUGUCUGCUUGAGUCACUUCCAGAUCGUGUCUGCAAUCGCCGGCAAGCUUUCAGUUGUGCCCCUCCCGGAACAAUCGUCCUUCCUCAACUGGGUCGGCCUUGACCACGUCGCAGCCAUCAUUGAGAUCCAUCUCCAGGCAUUAUACGCGGAUCUGGACCAAGUGCAUGUUCCGGGAUCGGACGUCAUCUCUGAUCCUAUUUGGUUCUUGGAUUUGAUGGCCACCCAUCGCGUAUCGCGCACGUUUGCGCCAAAUUUCUUCCUCGCCAGGAUUCGGGAUGCUCUGGUCCAGAAUGCGCGCUCUGCCUCACCACGUCAGUGGGACCUGAGCGGUCUUCGCUAUGUCGCAUCGGGCGGUGAAGCGAAUACAACGAAGACCUGCGAUGAACUAUCGCAGCUGCUUAAGAGUUUUGGUGCCCCUCUGAAUGUUAUUGUACCUGGUUUUGGCAUGACCGAAACUUGCGCCGGUGCCAUUUUCAAUACCAAUUGCCCUGAUUAUGAUAAAAAACAUGGGCUCGAAUAUACCUCUGUCGGGUCUUGCAUGCCCGGUAUCUUCAUGCGUGUUACCAAUCAGCAGGGAGACCCUUUGCCGCCGGGCGAGAUGGGCAGUUUGGAGCUCGCAGGACCGGUGGUGUUCAGACAGUACCUCAAUAACCCAGCUGCUACACAAGAGUCAUUCACCAUGGACGGAUGGUUUAAGACUGGCGACUGUGGAACCUUGGACGAGAAUGGGUAUCUCGUUCUGGGUGGCCGAGCCAAGGAGACAAUCAUAAUUAAUGGCGUGAAAUACAGCCCGCAUGAGAUAGAGACCGCAGUGGAGGAGCACAACAUCAAAGGCCUUAGCCGAAGCUUUACUUGUUGUUUCUCUUCCCUGUCUCCUGGCGCAGAGACCGAGGAAAUCGUCCUCGUCUACCUACCCACCUAUGCGCCCGAGGAUAUCCCUGCCCGCGCAGCAACGGCAGACGCCAUCUCCAAGGUCGUUUUGAUGUCCACCGGCUCCAGACCGCAUAUAAUUCCACUUGAGCAGGCCCUACUACCGAAGUCGACCCUGGCAACACGGGCAAGCCCCAAAAAUGAUUUCGAAAAGGGGCUACUAGAAAUAUUCCUCCGCUCAUUCAAGAUAUCGGAAGAUGAAUUCGACGUCCAGACUCCUAUCUUCGACGUUGGCAUUGACUCCAUCGAGCUUAUCAAUCUCAAGCGAGACAUUGAACAGCAUCUGGGUUUUGCGGAUGCAACUAUUCCAAUCAUUAUCCUUCUGGAAAACACCACGACCGACCUGUGUAUGCUUUACGUGCCCGCGGCUUCGAUGAAAGGGGAGAAACCAUUCGAUUCAAUCGAAGAUGCUGUUACCUCUUACUACAACGGCGUCAAAUCCAAACAGCCGCACGGACCAUACGCUCUCGCCGGCUAUUGCUAUGGGUCGAUGUUGGCGUUUGAAGUGGCCAAAAAGCUGGAGGAAAACGGAGACGAAGUCCGAUUUGUCGGGUCUUUCAAUCUACCUCCACACAUUAAGAUGCGCAUGCGCGAGCUGGAUUGGAAAGAAUGCCUGCUGCAUCUAGCGUACUUCCUAGAUCUGAUAACGCAGAAGCGGUCACGCGAAUUGGCCGUCGAACUCGAUGGUUUGGAUCAAGACACAAUCCUCCAGGCCAUCAUUGACGAAGCGGACAAAGAGCGCUACGCCCAGUUGUCACUCAGCCGACCGUUUUUAUCCCGUUGGGCGGACGUUGCCUAUGAGCUCCACCGCAUUGCGGGCGAUUAUGACCCUGACGGACGCGUUGCGUCCAUGGAUGUGUUCUUUUCGAUUCCAUUGGCAAUUGCCGCGGCGUCCAAGAGUGAAUGGCGAAACGUACAUCUGAGCCAGUGGGACGAUUUUACUCGGUCUCAUGUGCGCUUCCAUGAUGUUCCAGGUGAGCAUUAUAGUAUGAUUGGGCCAGAGCACGUCUUUGCUUUUCAGAAGAUACUACGCUCGGCUCUUGCUGAGAGGGGCAUGUAA